CCGAGAGUGGCCGUUGCGUGCUUUCUACCCUUGCCCUCAUACCAGCCCGGGGGUAAAAGGUCGUUGCUAGUUGGUGGCUUUCCAGAUGUAUCAUGCCUGGGCAGAAACUGGAUUUCAAACCUCCCAUUUCAAAGAACUUUAAGAGACACUGAAUGCGGCCACUGCAGACGGGAGCAGGUCUGGCCAAAUUGGCGGGGGUGCUGACCAGCCAUGCCCACCGUGGACGAUGUCUUAGAGCAGGUGGGGGAGUUUGGCUGGUACCAGAAGCGAGUCUUCCUCACACUAUGCCUCACCUCGGCGGCCUUAGCCCCCAUCUACCUGGGCAUCGUCUUCUUGGGCUUCAGCCCCCCCCACCACUGCCGGAGCCCCGGGGUGUCUGAGCUGAGCCAGCGAUGCGGCUGGAGCCCAGCGGAGGAGCUAAACUAUACCGUGCCAGGUCUGGGGGCUGCGGAUGAGGCCUUCCUCCGCCAGUGCAUGCAGUAUGAGGUGGAUUGGAACCAGAGCACCCUCAGCUGCGUGGACCCUCUGGCCAGCCUGGCUGCCAACAGGAGCCACCUGCCACUUGUCCCCUGUCAGCAUGGCUGGGUGUACGACACUCCUGGCUCCUCCAUCGUCACUGAGUUUAACCUGGUGUGUGCCAACGCCUGGAAGGUGGACCUCUUUCAGUCCUGCGUGAACCUGGGCUUCUUCCUUGGGUCCCUGGGCAUCGGCUACAUCGCAGACAGGUUUGGCCGUAAGCUGUGUCUCCUGGCGACCUCGCUGGUCAUGGCCCUGUCCGGUGUGCUGACAGCCGUGUCCCCAGACUACACGUCCAUGCUGCUCUUUCGCCUGCUGCAGGGGAUGGUCAGCAAGGGCACCUGGAUGUCUGGCUACACCCUGAUCACAGAGUGUGUCGGCUCAGGCUACAGAAGGACAGUGGCGAUCCUGUACCAGGUGGCCUUCACCGUGGGGCUGUUGGGGCUCUCUUGGCUGGCCUAUGCCAUUCCCCACUGGCGCUGGCUCCAGCUGGCCGUGUCCCUGCCCACCUUCUUCUUCCUGCUCUACUACUGGUGUGUGCCGGAGUCGCCCCGAUGGCUGCUGUCACAGAAGAGAAACACUCAAGCAAUAAAGAUAAUGAACCACAUCGCCCGGAAGAAUGGGAAAUCGCCUCCUGCUGACCUACAGGUGGACCAGGAAGGGCUCUCACUUCCCGGACCUGGGGCCUCUGGGGCUGCCCGGGGAAGUGGUGGAGCUGUGCUCGAGAUCCUCUCUCUGGAAGAGGACGACACCGAAAAGCGGAGCCCUUCCUUUAUAGACCUGUUCCGCACGCCCAACCUGAGGAAGCACACCUGCAUCCUGAUGUACAUAUGGUUCUCCUGCGCUGUGGUCUACCAGGGCCUGGUCAUGCACAUGGGGGCCACCAGCAGGAACCUCUACCUGGACUUCUUCUUCUCCGCGCUGGUUGAACUCCCUGCGGCUCUCAUCAUCCUCGUCACCAUUGACCGUGCUGGCCGCAUCUACCCGUUAGCCUUGUCCAGUCUGGUGGCCGGGGCAGCCUGCUUGGUCAUGCUGUUUAUCUCACAAGACCAGCACUGGCUGAAUAUCGUGGUGGCUUGCCUGGGCCGAAUGGGGAUCACCAUUGUGCUGCAGAUGAUCUGUCUGGUCAACGCGGAGCUGUACCCCACCUUCAUCAGGAACCUUGGGGUGAUGGUGUGCUCCGCCCUGUGUGACGUGGGUGGGAUCUUCACUCCCUUCAUGGUCUUCAGGCUGAUGGAGAUUUGGCAAGCCCUGCCCCUUGUUCUGUUUGGGGUGUUGGGCCUGACGGCCGGAGGCGUGACGCUGCUUCUUCCCGAGACCAAGGGCGUUGCUUUGCCUGAGACCAUCCAAGAUGCUGAGAACCUCCAGAGGAAAGCGAAGCCCAAAGAAAACACAAUUUACCUUCAGGUCCAAGCGUCGGAACUCAAGGGCACCUGAGAGGGAGCUGGCUCUGAGAAGAAAAGGCAGACGUGUCUCAAAGGUCUUGACUUCUCUGUAUUUUCCCUCAGACUUGCUGCCCCCCAAUUAAUAUCAAUCCUAUAGAAUGGUCUGAGUGGGCUCUGCCAUACUUUGUCUUGCUUUUUUAACCCUGUGAAGCCCUGGUUAUCUUUUACCUAUUCAUCCAUUUCUAGUGAGAACUGCUGGUUCAGUGGGUAUCAAGCACUUAAUCACCUAAAGUAUUUGAAGAUCCAAGAGAAUUUAAAUAUUGCUAUUAAAAGACCUCUGUAGCAUUUUUUUUUCUAGAAUAACUAUUGCUUUAUUCACACUCUGGAAGAAAAUGCCUUGGCAAUUGUGGGUUUCCAUGUGGGCAAGAGCAUUUCAGUGUAGAUUAUUUGGCAGGAACUGGAUUUUAAACAUGGCGGCUCUUCCAGCAAAUUGUAUCCCAGUUAUGCUUAAAUAUGUGUGAUGGAGGAGAACAUGAUCGUCUUGUGGAGUCCAGAAGCACUGUGACCACAUUAGGAAGACGUUUCUGUCUCCUGUAUUCCAGGAACAUGUGACUCCAAGAUACUCUAGGUUUGGGUUUUUGUUGGUGAUUCUAGAAGGUGAACCAAAUUGCCUCUGUGAGAUAGCUUAGUGAACCCACCAAAAAGAGCUCACCUUACCACAGGUUUUGUGCUCCUCGAUGCUGUGCAGUGAGUGAUCUUGGAGUGGAGGACACAAAAACUUCCAUUUAAAUUUUAUUGACCUGUGAGACAACCCAAAAGACAACGUAUAAGCCAGUCCCCAGGAAAGUUCCUCCUGGGACCUGGAGGUCUGAAGAAAUGCAGGUGGUUGUAUGAAAAACAUUCACAGUCUGAUCCAGCUGAGAUAAGCCAUGGCCACAGGCUGCAGGCCGAGAGACCAGGGGAACUGGACCAAGCGUGAGCACGCUGGCUGGCUGUUGAGGAUGGACAAGGCUGAGGCGUAGCUCAGUGGUGGAGCACUUGCCUGGUGUGGGUGAGCCCUGGGUCUUGUCCUCGGUGCAGGGGAAAAAGUAUGUAGGAUAGAGGGGAGAAUGGAAAUCUACAGCUUUGCCCUUGGCCAAAAAAGGCCCGUCUUUCUAGUUUUGGGUGAAGAGAACGUACAGAACACAGUGCUUCAUCCCAGCCUCCCUCCAGCAAGGCCUCGCUGUGUCAGCACUUUCCGACCCUCAAGAUGAUGUGGUUCACUGGUAACAAGUGUGUAAAUCGUAGGCUUCUCAUAAUAUUUUUCAAAUGUGUAUUAAAAGCAUCCGUCUAAUGUG